GGAAGAGCCACGCGGCCACCGCAAUGGUCCGUCGUGUCUCGUGGAGAGUGUUAAACUCAUCGGACAUCGAUUCGACGAGCAUACCUUUUGAAAUUUCGACGGAACGGAUCGCGAGCCACUAUCGAGAGGAUGUCACCGGGCAAGUUGUCAUUAAUAUUGCACGUGGAAUUCAUCGCCAGUGGAGUAAUGGACACACUUCUGUGUUAUGUGCGUAGUCUCGUCAUUCUCGUGCCACUCACUGUGUACAAGUAUCAUUAUUAUGCAUUCGAAACCAAAGCGACGUCGAGCAUCGCGACGCCAUCCAAAUCGCUGAAUUCGAUGUUGACAUUCGACAGCAGAAUGCCCAGAGCUACGUUGAACGAUACGGUCUCGAAGAACAUCACCCUGGUCCUCGAAAAUCUACUAAUGAAUUACGAAAAUAGUCAGCUACCCACCCACGGUAAAGGCGUGCCCACAGUAGUCAAAAUCAAUAUUCUAAUUAAAAGUAUGGGUCCAGUGUCUGAGCUCGAUAUGGAUUAUUCAAUGGACUGCUAUUUCCGGCAAUCGUGGCGCGACUCGCGUCUCAGCUUCCUGGGUCCGAUUAAGUCUCUCAGUCUCAGUAUCAAGAUGCUCGAGAGGAUUUGGCGUCCCGAUACCUAUUUCUACAAUGGCAAGAACAGUUACGUGCACACGAUCACUGUGCCGAACAAAUUGCUAAGGAUCACCCAGGACGGCGAUAUAUUGUACUCCAUGAGGCUCACUAUUAAGGCCAAAUGUCCCAUGGAGCUGAGAAACUUUCCUAUGGAUCGACAAUUUUGCCCGUUAAUAAUGGGAAGUUAUGCGUACACAUCGGGACAGUUGGUCUACGAAUGGCAGGAAAGUCCGUCGGUGAACUUUCUGCCUGGAAUGGCAUUGUCGCAAUUCGAUUUAAUAGAUUCGCCGUACAGAAAUCUCACGUUCUUCCGUCGCGAAGGUGAAUUCUCAGUACUGCAAGUAUCCUUCAACUUGCAACGCCACACCGGAUACUUUCUCAUACAAGUUUAUGUGCCGUGCGUUUUGAUAGUCGUAUUGAGUUGGGUAUCCUUUUGGAUUCAUCGUGAGGCAACGAGCGAUCGAGUGGGUUUAGGUAUCACCACCGUCUUGACGUUAUCGACGAUAAGCCUCGAUUCCAGAACGGAUUUGCCGAAAGUUAGAUACGCUACCGCUCUGGAUUGGUUUCUACUGAUGAGUUUCGGUUACUGUAUCGCCACCCUCUUGGAGUUCGCUGGCGUUCAUUACUUCACGAAGGUUGAUAGUGGCGAGAUUCCGCUAGACGAUGAAGAAUUGGAAGAAUGGAAGGGCAUCGCGAGCGAGGAAUUUGAGGAUACAUUUCGGAUGAUUUCUUGCAGUCCUCAAGCCAUUCACCCGGAGAUCAUCGACACUAGUACUAGAAAGCGUGGUUCUCUUAUGUCGGCAUUAUAUAGCGACGAUGUCACAUACGAGCGAGAUUCCUGCCAUUCCAUCACGGUUGCUGUGUCUUCGAAACCAUCGACAAUGGAGAGACAAACGCAAACUGAGUUUAUUUUACCGAUCUGGAGGCAGUUUCUUUACUGCCUAGCAGGAGACGAUGCUUUCAGGCGCCGUCGGCAGCGGGAAGCGGCUAACAACUAUCGAAAAUGCGGCUAUCGUAUGUCGAGAAGGCACAUAAACAGCGUAUCUUACAUUGACAGGGUAGCGCGGAUAGUCUUCCCCGCGUCUUUCGGUCUACUCAACGUUUGCUAUUGGGUAGUCUACGUUACUUAUCAAGAAGAAUUUAAGUGGCAGGAUCCUCCGAUCGGAUCGAUAACGCCGAUCUCCCAUUAAUGAAAUAUUAGUAAUAAUAAUAAAGCAAAUAUAUAAUCUUUUGUGAAAUUGGAGAAAUUAUCUCUAAAAUUAAAUGAUUAAUCAUUCAACACACACACACACACACACACACGAAUAUUUAUUAUCAUAAUUUUUCACUUAAAAUUAUUCAAGUACAUAAUUUUAUGUUACACACUGUCAAAAUUGAACACAUAAUAUUAAUGAAUCCAUGUACACGAAUACCGAAGCAAAUUUUUGAUAAUUUUACUCAUAUAUUUUUUGGAUGAGCUACUCAUUAAUUUAAGAUACACUAGAUAAGGAUUGGAAACUGCCCGAUCAAAAUGUGUCGUGUUAUUUUCAUCAAGUUUGUCGAAUUUGUCAAAUUUAUUUGUGAACAUAUUAGCAAAAUACGGUAUGUAUGUAUUAAUAUUUUCUUAGGAUAAAAAACCGAGAAAUACAUUGAGACAAAUUAUCUUUUUUUAAA